AUGGAACGAUGGAGGGGCAAUGGUGGUUGGAUUCCGGUAGUGAGGCAUCGGAAUGGAGGUGGAUCAAAACGCAGUGAAUCAAGCCAUGGACUCUUUACGAUUUUCGUGGACAACCUACCUCAAUCAAUGGAUGUUAGAUCCCUGUUCAAACUCUUCACUAAGUUUGGUAUCGUGAAGGAUGCUUAUAUACCUUUCAAAAGAAGGGUAGCGACAAACUCAAGAUUUGGGUUUGUGAGGUUCGAUUGCUCUGUUGCAGCUGAUAUUGCUAUCCAAAAAGCUAAUGGGUUGUUGGUGGAUGAUAGAGAGCUAGAAGUCAAAAAAGCUAGUCAUGAAAGGGGUUCACAGGUGGAACACAGUAAAAGGAGAUCGCAACCCAUGAGCAGAUUUUCAGGCACAGGCAACAUCAGGGGCCAUCCGUCAGGUGCAGGGCAAAAAUCAUACGCAGAGGUUCUAAAAGGAAAAAAUCCUGUGGUAGCUGGAACUGUAAGCACGACCAUAAAAGUUGAUGAAGUUGGGCAUUUUUGGAUCUAA